UCCUGUUUCUGCACCCUUCGCGCCGCCGCAGCCUGCAAACCCUCAUCUCCCUCUCACCCGAGCGCCCCAACCCACGCCACCCCACACCUCAACCAGCCAUGGCGGAGCGCGGAGGCGAGCGCGGUGGGUUCGGCCGGGGCUUCGGUCGCGGAGGUCGCGGCGACCGCGGCGGUCGCGGUGACCGCGGUGGGCGGCGCGGGGGACGCCGCGGCCCGCGCCAGGAGGAGGAGAAGUGGGUCCCCGUCACCAAGCUCGGCCGCCUCGUGAAGGAGGGGAAGUUCAGCAAGAUCGAGGAGAUCUACCUCCACUCGCUGCCCGUCAAGGAGCACCAGAUCGUGGAGACCCUCGUCCCGGGGCUCAAGGACGAGGUCAUGAAGAUAACGCCCGUACAGAAGCAGACCCGCGCCGGGCAGCGCACGCGCUUCAAGGCCUUCGUUGUCGUCGGCGACAACAACGGCCACGUCGGGCUGGGGGUCAAGUGCGCCAAGGAGGUGGCCACCGCCAUCCGUGGCGCCAUCAUACUGGCCAAGCUCUCCGUCGUGCCUGUCAGGAGGGGAUACUGGGGAAACAAGAUCGGGCAGCCGCACACCGUGCCCUGCAAGGUCACUGGCAAGUGUGGGUCCGUCACGGUGCGCAUGGUGCCCGCGCCCAGGGGGUCGGGUAUCGUCGCCGCGCGCGUGCCUAAGAAGGUGCUGCAGUUCGCUGGCAUUGAGGAUGUCUUCACCUCGUCUCGUGGAUCCACCAAGACCCUGGGCAAUUUCGUCAAGGCAACCUUCGACUGCUUGGCGAAGACUUAUGGUUUCCUGACACCUGAGUUUUGGAGGGACACCAAGUUUGUUAAGACUCCAUUCCAGGAGUACACUGACCUCCUGGCAAAGUCUACUAAGGGUCUUAUGCUUGAUGCCCCUACAGAGACAGUAGAGGCUUAGGAUGUUUGAGGACUAAAGGGUUCUACUCUUUGGGAGAUGUCUAGUGCACUUUGCUCUAUUAUAGUGAAGAACUGGGUGCGAUUUUACUUUGUCUGGAUACCUCUAUUUCCUGUCAAGUUUUGGAUUAUGGUACUAUGUUAGUCCUUUUCCCCAUGAAUGCUACAUAAUUAUCUCAUGAUUAAUCUUUUCGUGAGAAGCUGGAAA